GUCGCCAUAAAUCUAUUAUAUGUUCGUAAACAGCUGUUUCCGUCAACAAAGAGUUGAAACAAACAUUUAACCUAAAGUCAAAAGAUGUUGAAAUUAAAUCUUUUUCGGCUAAUUCAAAAACACCGAGGAAGUAUUCCAUUAUUACGAGCAUUUCAUCAUGAGUUUUCGCAAUCGGAGUCUAAACACGAAAAAGGUAGUAUAAAUGACAAAGUUAAACUUACCCCCGCUACUGAAGGUAGUCCCCCAUUCAAGCACAGUGUAGCCGGAGCAGUUAGUCAUAAGUAUCAAAUAUUCAACGACGAAGAUGCUACCGAAAUCUUUGAUGUUGAGGAAGAACGCUAUCGAUAUCAAACUGAACAGGAACCAAAACUAACUGAAUACGAGGAAUUUGUAGGACUGAACUUGAGACAUGGAAAGCACGGUGUGUUUGAUAUCGAGGAUUUAGUUGAAGUUUUACGCAAAGAGAGUGCCGAGGAUAUUUUUGUAUGCUCCGUACCUAAAGAUCUGAAAUAUGUAGACUAUAUGGUUGUGUGUAGUGGGCGCAGUUAUAGACAUAUGCUUGCCGUAGCGGAAUUCGUAAGACGAAUCUAUAAAAUAAAACGGAAUAAGGGAGAAGUGUUGCCAAAGAUUGAAGGAGAAAAGAGCCGUAAAUGGAUGGCGUUAGAUUUAGGUAACAUCGCUUUACACGUUUUCUCGCCAGAGGCUCGAGAAGAAUACGAUCUAGAAUCGUUAUGGGCAAUAGGAAUUGAGUAUGAUAAAGAAAGCCAUAAACCUGAAGAUCCACUUGUUGAACUAUUCAAAGAGCAUUCUAUACCUUUAGGUGAUACACAACCAAGGAAUAGUAGAUCCAAUUGUUAAUACGUUUAUAAUUGAGUUAAAAGAUUUUGUUUUAAUUAUACAGUAGUAGUAAACUUCGUUAGUACUAAAAUAUACAUAAUUACCAAAUUAUAAAAUUA